AGGUACCUGGACCCGUGAUCGAAAGCUAUCUUUCUUAACUUGACUAAGGAAUGCUGAAAACCAGAGCAAUCCUGGCUUUGUGUCUGCUAGAUGUCACGGCAUUACAGCAGUACUGUUAACCUGAUAUCUCUGGCUUGAGGGGCAAAGCACACAAGGCAAGGCAAGGCAAGGAUGCUAUGAGCAUUCAGGCCACUUCGGAAUAACCAUAUCGGUGUCAAACUGCAGUCAUUUAUAGACCAGACCAGAUGGCAAAUAUUGUUGCUUCUGCCUACUGUGUGGUGCUGGCUGUUCUGGUGAUGUGUGCUCAAGGCCAUGGUGGACAGGAAGGAAGGACAUACUAUAGAAGAAUUGGCAGCAAUGUAACCCUGCAGUGUGAGACAUCUGACAGCCAUACUCCAGUGAUAUGGAGGUUUAAUGGACAUGUGAUAGGCCACAAGGACGACCAGCUUCUUCAAGGCUCUAAUCUUACCCUCCGAAACAUAGAUACAGCACAAAGUGGAACCUAUAGCUGCCAUGAAAAGCACAGCGGAAGGUUGAAAAAUCAAAUAAUAAUCCAAGCUGGAAAUCCUCCAGUGUCACCAACUAUACUAUGCAGAUCCAAUGCUUACCCAGAGACAUUCUACUGCACAUGGCAACUGUCAAGUCCAACUUACAUUCCAACUGAAUUUGACGUCUCUGUAAGGCAUGGGGAGAAGGAAAUUGAGACGAUUAUGGAUCCGAACCAUAAAAAUAGGUGCAACAUCAGAUUUCUGGAAAUGUUUUCUACAAGCAAAUACACUGUGACUGUGACAGCAAGGAAUGCACUGGGAUCCAACUCUUCAUCCACCUCAUUUAAUGAGAAUACUAUAGUGAAACCAGACCCUCCAGAGAUAAUUGAAGUCAAUACAAUUCCUGACUCCCCUCGCAGACUGGAAGUUAAAUGGAGGAACCCAUUAACAUGGCCGGAGCCAGAUUCAAUUCCCCUGAAGUACUUCCUGAGGUAUAAGCCAGUUAUUCUGGAUGACUGGCAACAUGUUGAGGUGACAGAUGUUCCAUUUCAUACAAUUACUGAUGCAUAUAUGGGAAAAGAACACAUUAUACAAGUUGCUGCUAAGGACAGCGAGGUUGGCACUUGGAGUGAAUGGAGUAAAGCUGUACAUGCUACACCAUGGACACCACUGGUGCCAACGAAUGAGCCUGAAAAGAAACCCAACAAUGUUUCAGAACCUUUUCAUAUUACAACUCCAAGCGUUAGAGCCAACCGGCAAAAUAACAGUUCCAUGAGAAUGGAAUCAUCCGCGACACUGCUCCUUGGCAUAAUGGUGGUUUUAUUUAUCUGAUUAUUAGAGAACAGCAAUUAUGAGAAUCCAUGCUUUUUAUUUUGCACAUGUGGAUGCGGAUCCAAUGCAUCUCCUUUUCAACAUUAUUCCUGAAACAAACUCCUAGGAAUGUGAAGCUCAGAUCCCUGUGAAAGUUCACUGGACACAGACACGUAAACUGAAGGAAAACAAAAGCAUGGAUCCCUACCAGACACAUCAUUCUGCAGAUAUAUUUUUUGAAGGGCAAAUGAAUACCAUUUAAUCUUGCAUCUGAUGAGGAAAAUAUUUCAAAGUUAAUGUGAAAGAAACCAACCACAUACAGCUAAACCAUCAUGCCAAAGACACCAUGAUCUCCAUGAACAUUUAACCACAAUGCUCUGCUUCCUAAAAUGCCUGCAUCUUUGUCGUGAUAGGACGCUAAUAGAUGGCGGGAUACUGUUGGUAACAGUACUGUGAAAUUUUGAACGUAAAGAUUGUGGCCUGUAAUUUUAUCACAGUUGUUUUAAAAGAAUUUUUUGUACUAAUGGCUGAUAUGAAAUGAUGGGACUGUAAUGCUCCACUAUGAUCAUUAUAUCCUAAUAUGCCUGUGAUGGACUGCAUUGAUUUUUUUUACUGGAAAACAUAUUUGUAUGCUAGUCAGUUAUAACAGUAGUAGUGUUGUGUAAAAAAAGAGUCACAAACUAUCAUUGCUUGUUCGCUUUCCUUUUCUAAAAAAAAUUAAAAAUAUAAAAACACAAUAGGGAGCAUUUUAACUACUCAUGUACUUUCCAAUAAUACAAUUUACAUAAACUUGGCAGUACACAAGUCUAAAUUAAAUUUAGUUGUGCAGGGAAUAUGUCAGGAAUCCUGUAUCUGUCAUUGAAUUAAUAAUCAGCAUAGAAUUGGACUUACAGAAGUCAGUAGCUCACACCACAAAUUUCUUCUGUAAAGAAUUUAACAAUAAAUGUGCAAAGAUUACUUAUUUAACAUCGUAGGUAAAUGUUAGAAUUAGAAUAUUGUAGGAAUUAGAAAUUUGAGCUUUUUAAUAAAAAAACAUAAAAGCUCACUUCUUAGAAGUCAUCCAACAAUGAUGCUUCAUUGAAUAUAGGGAUUUGUUUAAUUUCCAAUGUUCUUUAUGUAAAUAGAAGAAACUAACGUUCACCAAACCUAUUUCAACCUUACGCGUUAUUCUACGAUAAUGCACUUAUCAAAUAUUAUUUCCUAUCUAGGCAAAAUUAAUUUCCCCAACAAACCACAUUUUAUAAUUUUACAGUUAAAUAAAAAUCCAACCUUGUCCUGCAUCAUUAUUGUAAUUUUAAUUUCCAAACUUUGCUCAGUAUUUUCUGAGACUAUAUUCAUUAAAUUUGGUUAACUGCAAACACUUUGUAAAAUCUGUUGCAAUUUUACUUCUAAAGGGACAGAUAUUGUUUCCCUUCUUUUAAUAUUGAGUGGUUCAUGCUAAACUUUAUCAUUAUUAUCCAAACAGGGACAAUUCCAGCUCCGGUCAAAGCCAAUGAAAAUUCACUUAAAGGAUCCCAUUGCUUUUUGCACUGGGUUCAAAUUUUUUCAAUUUAAUCUCUGACUAUUCGCGAACCUACAUUAAAACAAUUAGAUUUCUUUGUAUGUCUGUGUUGUAACAAGUGUUCAAAAGCAAACCGCAACUACCUACCUGAAGACUUUUUGAAGUUGCUAUAGGUCAGAAUUAUACCUGGCUACCUCUGCAUCCAGUCCAUUGUAGCAUGCUCCUUCAGGCAUGUUACUUGGUGGAUUGCACAUCUCCAUCUCUCACAGUUUCUACAUUCUGUGGAGCCCUAAUAAAGUUAAUUCUAUUAUACCAAAGGGAAAAUCACUCUUAACAGGGAUUUAUUCUUAUCAAAGUUCAUUGCCAUUAUAUUUAUUGAAGCGAAGCUGACUCUUCUUAUUUCCCGUGAAUUGUGUUACGGUUGUAUUUGUUUGCGUGUGGUUAAAUAUGUCACAGAUAUUCCUGAUGGAAGCUACCCCACUGUGAACUGAUGAAAUGGACACAUACAAAUAUUGUAUUAAAAAGAACAGCAUAAAGUCAUUAUUGCCUUCCAAGUUACUCGCCACAAUAUCCACAUUGUUCCAACUGCAGUAGCUUCUUCUUGAAACAUCUCGUAAAUCACCAGUUCUGUCGCAACAAUGCUUAGAUGCCCUCAGUCAUAGAUAAUGUGCUAAUGUUAUGACACAUAUUUGCAUCAGUCCCAAAACACACUUCUGGAAGAGCUUUUACUGUGUGUAGCUCCUCCUACUUAAUUUUGCAAGUUACUGCAUCAUAUGAAUCAACCAAAAUACAAUAUUUGUGCUUAACAUUUUUCUGUGAGAAUACUUCGUACCAGUGUCAACUUCUUACCAGUUCUAUUGUAUUCCAUGUAUCAAUUUUGAACAGUAAAGUUGAGUUUUUGGACCUACGUA